GCCAUCUGUAGACGCUGUUUUAAGGUGUACAUCGAUGAACCGGGUAAAAUUGAUAAAGAAGCUUGACUUGAAGAUCAUUAACGAAUAUGCGUCGAGAACGUGUCAGUAACUCCAAUUCUACCACCGCCAAAUACGUACAUGCAGUUUGAGAACUGGGGUAACACACAAAAACUCGAUUUUGUUAUGUACGCAGAUUUCGAGUGUUUGUUGAAGAAACCUGUAGGGGAUAACCAUUUUGGGAAAACAACUGUCACUCAAGAACAUGUUCCCAUGAGUUAUUGUUAUUUAGUUAAAGCUAGCGAGGAUGUACCAACAGAGCUAAUGGAUCAAUUCGACAUACCACAAUCCCCGGUUGUAUACAGAGGUAAUGCAAAUUCUGAGGCUAACGAUGUACCAAAGCAUUUUAUACAGAGCAUUACUGAUGUGGCACGUAAAAUUGAACAGCUUUUAAAAAUCAACACUCCUAUAUGUAUGACAUCACAGAACGAAAGUAACCAUAAGUCUAUCGUGAACGGUGGUAAAUGUCCUCUUUGUAAAUGUAAAUUUUCAUUAACAAAUAAUCCGGUACGAGAUCACCACCAUUUAAGCGGUAGAUAUAGACAGACUGUCUGUAAUUGGUAUAACUUAAAGAUGCAAACUUCAAAGUUCGUAAGUUGUAUCAUGCAUAAUCUCUCAAGUUAUGAUAGUCAUAUAAUAAUAAACGAAUUAGGGCACGAUUCGCAUACAAUAAACGUUAUUCCGAAUAGUGAAGAAAAAUUUAUAUCUUUUUCAAAAUAUAUUUCGAAUAGGUUUUCCAUACGUUUUCUGGAUAGUUAUCGUUUUAUGGCUAGUAGUUUGGAAAAAUUAGCCAAUAACCUUGCUCGAUCCGAUAAGACAAAGUUCCGUUCUGUGAUAAAUGUAUAUGGUGAAGAUGAUUUGGAUAUGGUUACUCGUAAAGGUGUUUACUGUUACGAUUAUACUGACUCAUGGGAAAAAUUGGAAGAACAGUGUCUACCGCCUAUAGAACAGUUUUUCAGUUCACUGACUGAGAAAAAUAUUUCCCAAGAUGACUAUAAACACGCUCAAAAUGUAUGGAAACGUUUUAAAUUCAAAACUUUAGGCGAAUACAGCUUAUGGUAUAAUGAAUUGGAUGUACAUAUUUUAUGUGAUGUUUUUGAAGCUUUUAGGGAGCUCUAUUUAAAAACAUAUGAAAUCGAUUGUUGUCAUUAUUAUACUAUCCCUGGUAUGAGUUUCGAUGUUUGUUUGAAAUACACUGAAGCCAAGUUGGAAUUGAUAUCAGACUAUGACAUGUUAUUUAUGUUCGAGCAAGGUGUAAGAGGAGGAAUCUGUCAAGCUUCAAAGAGAUACUCUAAAGCUAACCACAGCAAGGCACCCGUAUACAAUCUUGAAGAACCAAACAGAUGGAUAACAUAUCUUGAUGCAACAAAUCUAUAUGGUUUGGCAAUGUCACAUACGAUACCAACUGGUAACUUCAAAUGGUACGAAGGAAAUCUUUCUGUAAAAUCUGUUCAAAACCGUUUAGACAGAAUAGACAAAAUUGGGAAAACGGGUUGAUUUUAGAGGUUGAUGUCGAAUACCCGAAAUCCCUUCAUGAUCAACAUUCAGAUCUGCCGUUUAUGUGUGAGAAGAUUACUCCUCCUGGUUCAAAGAUAAAAAAAUUAAUCUUGACGUUAAAAGAUAAAAAAAAAGUAUAUUGUGCACCACUCAAUUUUAAAGCAGGCUCUGAAGGAGGGUCUUGUUUUAAAAAAGGAGCAUAGGGUACUUCAAUUUGACCAAAGCCCUUGGUUAGCUAGCUAUAUUUCACUCAAUACGGAAAUGAGGAAAAAUGCAACCGACGAUUUCCAAAAGGACUUCUUUAA